AUUAUGAAUUAAAUGCACCAUAUUAAUUAUUUGUUUUUUUUUUCAAAUGAAAACCUACACUAAAUACAUUCUCUCUCCCUAUAUCUGAUUUUUCCUUUUUCAGCAGCCUCCGACCACCAGGCUUCCUCCGACUGCCACACUUCUCCGGUGAAUAUCUCAUCGGCAGACUCCCUCCGACCACCUGCAAAAAAAUAUCACUGCACUGAUUCGUUGUACCACUGCACUGGUAGCGAUAUCAGUGCACUGGUACCAUUGUCAUAUCUGAGUAUCAGUGCAGUGGUACAACAUAUCAGUGUAGUGGUAUAUUUUCGCAAGUGACCGGAGAGAGUCUGUCGGCGGGAUUUUACCGGCGAAGUGUGGUGGUCGGAGGAAACUUGGUGGUCGGAGGCUGCUGGGAAAGGAAGAAUCAGAGAUAGGAGCGAGAAAGAUCAAAGAUGAGAGAGAGAAUUGUAUUUUGUAUAUGUUUAGAUUUAAAAAAAAAAGUAAUUAAUAUGGUAUAUUUAAUGCUUAUUUUGUAUUUAAUAACAGAACAUUUAUUAUGUCUACCAAUUGAGAAUGGGAUGUCAAAAAAUCAACUCCUUUAAUGGUAGGCAUAGUAUCCUACCCAUUGGAUCUUUGUAAUCUCUUCUAGUCUCUUAAAAGAAGGGUUUCCAUUAUGUAUUUUGGUCAAUAAUUGUGCUGAUGUGUUAUGUGGUAGGUAAGAAAAAUAGGGCAUCAUAAAGAUUUUGAAGCGAAAGAGAUCCAGUGUGACAGCGGACCGGAAAAUGACACCUUAGAAUGAAGCCAAGGAGUAAUGCUAAUAUGCUAUCCACGGGAGAGGAUAGAGCCGGUGACAAAGCUGCGGCGAACCCAUUCAUGAACACGUGUUAGCCAACAAAAAUAAUAAAAAAAACAUAUUUAGAUACAAGCACCCUAAAAUUGAAAGGGGCGAUCACGCAGUUCUUGGUCUAUGAAGAUCAUGAUUGUCAUGUCGGUGGCUUGCCACUCGGUUCAACCUGUGCUGGUCAUGAAAUCGGCAUGACACCACUGGUAUGACCGGUAUGAUCGACUUACACAUUAUAAGUAAAAUGACAUUAUUUUAAUGAAUUUAAUGAAUAAAAAAAUUAAUUUAUUAUUCAUUUUAUGAAUGUAAUAGUUUAAGUUGAUGAUAUUUGUUGGAUUGUAACUAAAUUGUCCACAAAUAUGUUUUAUAUAUGAUCAAAUACAUUGGAUAUUAAUUGUUUUCACAUUUUUUUUAAACCGGCAUGAACCGGCACAAACUGAUUAUACUACCGGUCGUACCAUUCCACUUGCCAAACCGGCACAACAGUAUAAACCGGUUUGACAAUCUUGGUGAAAAUACGUUUGCUAGGUGCUCCAUUUUAUCUUUCCAUUAAGACCAAACCUAAACCUGUACUCGAAAGAUAGUAGUCCAUACACUAAUAAGGGAUGGUAAUUCGUCUAUUUUUGGGGGGAAAUCACAUCCUUGGGUAGGCUAUGGGACGAGACGAAUAUCAGCCGCCCGAUACGAACAAAGCAAAAGAUUUGUCAGGUGUUCUGCGUUCUGUAAAACUCACUUUACACCGUCCGAUUCACCUACUCUACUUUUCAUUCGACGGUCCGGCUAUCAUCGUAGAUUACACCAGCUGUUCUUCAGGACCAAAAGCUCGUUCUUUUGUGAAAGCAAGCUAGUGAUCUCCCUUUGAUUCCCUGAUUAUAUCUCAAGUCCGCCGGUAGUACUUGAAAAGACGUCCACUGCAUGCAUGCAGCUUUACAACGAAUAAGUGACCUCAAGGGUGCAUUACGUUUUUUUACCCCAAGGAUGAAGCCCAUAAGGCAUUGAUAAGAAGCACAUACGGGAAGGUAGUAAGUAACAACAUUUCGUUACUCAUUGUUUUUCAUUAGUCGCCAAGGUUGAGAAUCGGUUCGAUUGUUUACAGCCAUGGGCGUCUCUAAGAAUAGCAAUGAGCCAGGUCCGGGGCGGGUAUCUCGAUACCCGUACCCGUCCCGUGGCAGUUGGUCUUUUAUAGGGUGGAUUGAAGAAGAGUACGAAGGCAGAAAUUAGAAGAGCACAUAAUAUCAAUGACUGAAAUUAUAAAUUGGUCGACAUACCCUGGUUGUGAUGACAAGGAACCCGAAGAGACUAUCAAGUAUGAACCCACGACUAGAAGCAAUAGCAAAUCGAAUGUAACGCUAGCUACCUGUAGAAACAUCCGUGUUAGACUGUUAGUAAGCUGGCAAGUACACUUAUACAAUGCUAUUGUGGAGCAAAAUUAUGUCAGACGAGAAAUAUCGUAGAAAGUAAGGGUGGGUAUUGGGUGGGUCGGGUGGAUUUUGACUAUAAAACGCACUCAUCCCCACUUAAUUGGAUUGAUAAUUUUUAACCCAUUAUCCACCCAUAUUUAGUCUCGGGUUGGGUCAGGAGGAUGGUGGAUGAUGCGGGUGGGUUUGCGGGUUCACUCACAUCACAAUGUAUAUAAUAUAAAUGAGUCGACUUUAGAUGAUAAUCGGUGGAGAGAGUUACCGGGCGGAAACAAGAAGAUGGAAUAUGAAGGGAAAAAAUGUCGAUUUAGUUUUGAAAUUGGGUAAAAAUUCUAUUAUGGAGGUGUUUUCUACAGAUGGAGAUGAUUGUCAAGUGCAGAGUACUAAGGAAAAUGAUUCAACGGAGGAAACAGAGGUGAUCUAGGCACAAGAAUCAGAGGAAAAAUAAAGGGAAGAAGAGGGGGAUUACGAUUUGGAAGGUUGGCUUUGAGGUUCAAUCUUCAGAAGUAGCCUACUUUCCUUUCUAACGUCUCCACUCUCCCCUCUCCAUGGACAACGACUUUGUUCUUUUUGCUAUUGAGUUGAGCAGGUCACUCGCGCACUCACCCACAUAACGAAAUUUGGGUCAAAUACAGAUGGGUUGGCCAAAACCCAUGGGUGAUCCGCCUGCAUGCCCAGCCCAAAAAGCACUGUAGCAAUAGGUUUUAACUUUUGGACCAUUGCUGCUGCAUGAGCCAAUCAGGCUUCAUGUUAAUGUUGGGCCCUUGGGGCUGUAGGUUAGUGGGCCUAGCAGCCCAUUUCUGUUCCAAUUUGUUUCGUCGCGCUUUCAAGGUAAUCAACCACUAGUCCGCCGCAGCCGCUGAACGGCAAAGCUCAACGAAGGUCACAAAACGUUGCCGACCGUCGAGGAUUCGUUUCCCGUUGCAGUUGCAAAGCUUUUGUAUCUUUCGCCGCCAUGGUUCGCCUGAGCAGAGACCAGGUGUUGAAGGAUCAACGAACUUCCGACCCGGCCUCCGUCACGUCUCUCACCCUCACCCACAAAGCUCUUUCUGAUGUUUCUUGCCUCAGUGAAUUCAAGAACCUGGAAAGGCUCGACCUUGCUUUCAACAGUCUUACUUCGCUUGAGGGAUUGAAUUCGUGUGUCAACUUGAAGUGGUUGUCAGUUGUGCAAAACAAGCUGCAGAGCUUGAAAGGAAUCGAAGCGCUUCCUAAUCUCACCGUUCUAAAUGCUGGAAAAAACAAGCUUAAGUCGAUAGAUGAGGUCAAAUCUGUCGUGAGCUUGAGAGCAUUAAUCCUAAAUGAUAAUGAUAUUGUUUCGGUUUGUAAGCUGGAUGAAUUGAAAGAGUUGAAUACUCUUGUGCUUUCUAGGAACCCGGUCCGUGAAAUUGGUCAAUCCCUGACAAAGGCAAAAUCCCUAACAAAGCUUUCUAUGUCACAUUGCCAACUUCAGAACAUUGGUUCUUCCCUUAAGGCUUGCAGUGAGCUCAAAGAACUUAGACUUUCUCACAAUGAAAUUAAUACUCUUCCAAGCGAGUUGGCGUAUAACAAAAAACUACAGAAUUUGGACAUUGGGAAUAAUUCCAUCACGAGAUGGUCAGAUCUGAAGAUCCUGAGCUCAUUGGUCGAUCUGAGAAACCUCAAUUUGCAAGGAAAUCCUAUUGCUGACAAGGAUAAGCUACUGAAGAAGAUGAAGAAGCUAUUGCCAAACUUGCAAAUCUUCAAUUCUAAACCAAUUGACAAAUCCAAGAAUGGUGGGAAGACUGAUAAUAGAUUCGAGGACAUGUUGCAUUUUCCAACUAAGGAGCAAAAAGAAAGCGGCGAGCUUGAUAAUGCUACUGAGAGUUAUCCGGAAACAGCUGAGACUGAAGGUGACAAGAAACGGAAGAGGGAAAAGGUACAACAGGGAGAGAACAAUGAUAAUAAUGAUCGUGAUGUAGAAAAGAACCCCUUGAAGGAAAAAGGAAAGAAAAGUAAGGAAGAGAAACUAAAUAGAAAAGAGGCUCCUGUCGAGGAUGAUACAACGGCGAAGAAGAAAUCAAAGGUGAAGGAAGCAAGGAAGGAACUUGAUAUUAUUGACAGUGCUGAAACGUCAUUUGCAGACUUCUUUGCCAAUGGCGCUGUGGAAAGGUCAGAACAUCUUCGUGAGGAUAAAAUAGUCGACCGAUCUUUAGCUAGCUUCGUUACAACCUCGACAAAGAAUAACAGGAACAAAAACCGUGAUCCAAAUCUCAUCGCCCAGUUGUCUGCAGAGGUCGAGAUCGGGCUAGGUGGGCCGUCGAUAUGGGGUGAUGAAUAAUCAUGCUGCUGCUCUCAACAAGAUUGGCUUGAUAAGUUUUCGAGCUCUUAUUGGAUCAGAAAAUCUAACUCAGAUGUUGACGCAACAGACUUGAGAUUCUAGUUGAAACCCAGGAGACUUGAAGCAGAUAGAGUGCACUUCUGGAAGUAGCUGUUCAUCCUGUUGAGAAGCUGAGACAUGUAAAUCCCAAAAAAAUUAGUUCUGCACGACUGUAGAUUCAGUGCUCGUUGUGUUGAUCCACAACAGAUUUUGUGUUCUUCUUUAACGGCGGUUUGAUCAGAAGCGAGCUUGAGGGCAUUUCAGGAUUGUGUAUUAUUAGCUUAUCAUUUCUUUUUUGCUGCUUGUGACUUGAUCACCAAGCUAUACAUGAAAGUCAGAUUUCAACGUUCUUAGGGCCGACCUGCUGUUGCAAGCUGAAGUGCUUCGUUCUGUCACCAUCCCUCGAGCCUUCCUACAUACGAGGUGAAAUUAGUCCGUAAUGGAACUGAAUAAGUAUCGCUUCGCAUGUAAUCCGAAUAUCAAUCGGCGUGUUUACUACUGAUGAACAACAGAUCUUGGCACCUGCGAUUUGUAGAGCAGAAAGGUGAUCUAUGACGGGUUUAACAGACAACGAACGUAACGAAACAGUAGAACUGCCGGCUGGGAAUGGACUCUAAUCGCGUCACAACCAGCACACAAGUGAAUGUGAUUGUAGUUGACUUGAAUCAUUGUUGGUUGCAAAAAGUAUUAGCAACUGGGAAUAUGAUUAGUUCUAGCCAAGUUGGAAAGAGUGUACACUUUUUUGCUGCCAAUUUAAAUGGCGAUGGAGAGAGUUUCUUUCCUGUCUGUCAGCAGUACUGACCAUGUUUUCCAAACGAGAACCGCAGGCGCCGAGAGUAGAAAAGGUUUAGCAAGAAAAGUGGAAACCCUUCUCGCAAACCCUAAAUAGAGGGAAUGGAUCAGGUCAGUAACCUUAUGGUGAGUAACCAUGAGUAACCAGCCCACAUCAGCAUGACAUCAGCAUCCUCUCUCUCCUGGAAAGCCUUUAAUUUUCCCCUCUUUAAUAUUUGACGGACGAUUUCUCACUCAUUUUAAGUCGAAAUUUAAUUUUUUUUGCACAGUUAGAUCAGAUUAAUUGUACUCUUCAAAAUGAUAUCCACUUUAAUAUAUUUUUCGAACAAAAAAAAUUGAGUCAUUUUUUACCAGUCUAUAACAUAUGGUAUUAACUGGUAUUGAAAUAAAAGCAUACCUAUAUUUUGAAAAAAGUACCAUGGUGGGAUGAACAAACCAAGACUGUAGGAUGGUUGAAUACAUGAUAGUAGAAAUAUAUUAAUUGUCAUUUACGACUUUUAACAUUGUAUACCACAAGAUACCACCCCGUACCAGGGUGGUAUUGUAUGGUAUUGUGUGGUAUUUUUUUGUCCUGUAAUUUGUUCACCCAUAAAUUUUUAGAUCCAAUAGAUCAUGAUGAACUCGUCCCUUCUGUGCAAAGGUUUUCAAAAACGAAUUAAAAACGAAGAAGAUACCAUACAAUACCACCCCGUACCAGGGUGGUAUUGUAUGGUAUUGUGUGGUAUUUUUUGGUCCUGUAAUUUGUUCACCCAGAAAUUUGUAGAUCCAAUAGAUCAUGAUAAACUCGUCCCUUCUGUGCAAACUUUUUCAAAAAAUGAAUUAAAAACGAAGAAGAUACCAUAUGGUAUGCAGUUGGUACCGAGAGGCCAGAAUUUGUUUUUCUAAAAAAAUAUUGAAAAUUUUUCUCAUUUGGUAGAGCACGAUGAACUCGUUCCAUCUGUGCAAAAAAAAUUAAAAUCCGAGUUAAAACGAAAAAGAUAUGAGCCGAUUAAGAAAGCUAGGAAACAUAAAAAUAGUCCUUAAUUUUCCAUCCUUAGAUCUGGAUUUUCUAAAUGAAGGGUCCAUAUUUGG